GUGCUCUGUCGUUCAUUAGGAGGACAUGUUUUCUCUAAAUAGUUUCUUUGGUCCAUUUAUCUAAAUACAUUUGAAAAUCGUUCGUCUUCUCGGAAGGUUUUCUUUCCGUUGCCAGAUUGAGGGAUUUUGACCAAACCUGGCAACACGCUGUCAUUGUUUCACGCGCGGGAAAAUCGAACUUCCGCUGUGGAGUUCAGUCAUUUCCGGACACAACGGCGCUGGAAUACGAAACGUCGCGUCUCACGCGGCAGCAAAGCCUCCAGAUAAAUGUCGCUAGCAUCUCCGCUGACGUCAGGAAGAGUGACGUGUCUUUUCUCCCCAAAGGCAGCUCGCGGAGCCGGAACCGGGACGUGAUGGACCGGUACAACGAGCUGAAGAGUUUGCUGAAGCGCUGGGAGCAGACGUUUGUCGAACAACACCGGAAGAAGCCAUGCAAGGAGGACGUGGACCGGGCGCCGGCAGACAUCAGAGGGCUGUACCUGGAGUACCGGAGCCUCAGGCGAGCCCGGGAGGAGGGCAGCCACGCGGCGCACAGAGAACCUCCGCCGUCCGACUCCUGGGGGGCCCACCUGAACCGCAGAGCCAUGCCAGGCCCCCCUCCCAAGCUGAGCCAGCAGGACAGGGACGCUCUCCAGGCGUCCUCUCAGUAUUACGGCCUGAAGCUGAAGAGCAACCUGGCUGCUCUGAGUGAGGAGAAGCCCGCUCUGCUGAAGAAGACGAAGCUCACUGGAAGAGUUCCUCUGAGCUUCCUAACGGAUCAGAAAUCCAGAACCGGUUCUGCUCCUUCUGCUGGUGCUGCCCAGACUGUGAUGGUAGAACCUCCAUCCAGCCCCCCCAGAAGGAGGACACCACCCUCACUGGUUUCACCAACCUGUUCUCCAGCAGAGCCCGGAGAACCUUUCAGAGCGUUUGAAGCUGAGGCUGGAGACGCUGUGAGCAGCAGUGAUGGUCAUUCUGAAGGUCUCAGCCCCUCAUCUGACUCCUCUGCCCUGCUGUCCUCUCAGUCCCCGCAGGGGGCAACCGGAGGUUCUCCCAGAGGUUCUCCCAGAGGUUCUCCCAGAGGUUCUCCCGGAGGUUCUCCCAGAGGUUCUCCCGGAGGUUCUCCCAGAGGUUCUCCCAGAGGUUCUCCCAGAGGUUCUCCCAGAGGUUCUCCCAGAGGUUCUCCCGGAUGUUCUCCUGGAUGUUCUCCCAGAGGUUCUCCCAGAGGUUCUCCCGGAGGUUCUCCCGGAUGUUCUCCUGGAUGUUCUCCCAGAGGUUCUCCCAGAGCACCAGGCAGCAGAGGAACCUCCCACAGGAACACAGAAUGGGGAACAUCAGGUCACUCUGAAGGCUGUCCACCGUUCAUGAAAAGGGGCGUGGCAGCCGGGUUGGGACGGCCCACUCCUGCCAAGAGGCUGAGCGCGGUGGACAGGAAGUGGUUACAGAGGUGUCAGGUGUUUGGAGAACUGUGUUUGGAAGAACGACCCGCAGCAGGGAACCAGGAAAUGAAACCCGAGGAAAGACGGGAAGAAAACAGGAAGGAAGAAGGAAGUGAAGACGACAGAGGAGGGAAAACGGAAGCGGACAUGAAAACCGUCCGUGUUCUGGAGGCUCCUCAGCUCCAAACACAGGAGACGGGAGGAGACGGGAACCAGAAGAGGGAGGAGCAGACGGGAGGAGAACUCCGGGAGUCCGUUACUCCCGACCUCGACAGAAACCUAAACUCAAACAAGACACAGAGGGGGGGCAGGAAGAGGCAGAGGGAGGAGGAUGUUCUGGAGGAAGGAGGGCAGGAAAAAAAGAAGCAGAGGAGACGCAAAAAGAAAGACGAAGGUCCACAUGUACCCCCCAGGGAAGAAGAGACGACGAAGAAGAAGGAAGAGCGAUCAGAGCGACCUCAUGAGGCUUUCAGAGAGAACCUGCUGGGAGAAGUCCAGGAGGAGUUUGAGGCUAAAAUGUUCAGGACGCCAUCGGCUAAACCCAGAGUGACCAGAGGAGCAGAGGGGAACUUUGUGAAGAUUAAUCUGAAGAAAAAGUCCCACGUCAAAGGAUACGCGCUCAGAGGGCAGGGCUUACGCAGACAGCUGUCCAUGCAGAAGUUCCAGAUGAAGGGAGAGCGCUUCGGAGGCGGCGCCGGACGUUUCAGUGGGGGAAGGAGGGGCGGCUUCAGGGGAGGGCCCAGUCGUCAUGGUGACACCUGCUUCAGGUGUGGAGGGAGCGGACACUGGGCCAUGGACUGCAGAGGAGCAGCGUCUGCAGGUCCUCCACUUCCUGUUCCUGAAGAACCACCUGCUGAAGGAGACGAGGAGGCCUUUGAGUUACCCACACUGGAGGACGUUGCCAGGGCAACAGGAACACUGCAGCCUGGACCAGCAGAUGCUCAGCAUCAGCUGGAAAAGGAAGACAACCAGCAGGAAGACGAGUUGUUGCUUAACGUGAUUCGACCUGACUAUGAAUGUCCUCCCCCCCCACCGCCCAUGGAGCCUCUCUACCAUCUCACAGAGGAAGGGAAAGUCCAGGAAACUCCUGAAGCAGUCCACUCUGCUUUAAGAGAGCUGGGUUAUCAGUCAUUCAGAGCAGGACAGGAGGAGGCCAUCAUGAGGAUCCUGUCAGGUCUUUCCACCCUGGUGGUGCUGUCCACCGGCAUGGGGAAAAGUCUGUGUUAUCAGCUGCCAGCAUACCUGUAUGCUCAGAGAUCCAAAUGCAUCUCUUUGGUCAUUUCUCCUCUGAUUUCUCUGAUGGAUGAUCAGCUGUCGGGUUUACCGACCAAGCUGAGAGCCGCCUGCAUCCACUCCAACAUGAGCAGGAAGCAGAGAGAAGCCGCCAUCGAGAAGGUGAAGUCCGGCCAGGUUUGCUUCCUGCUGCUGUCUCCGGAGGUUCUGGUCGGUGCAGCGGGCUCAGGAAUGGGAUGCCUGCCCUCCGCUCAGGAGCUCCCCCCAGUGGCCUUUGCCUGCAUAGACGAGGCUCACUGCGUGUCCGAAUGGUCCCACAACUUCCGGCCCUGUUACUUAAGGCUGUGUAAGGUGCUGCGGGAGCGCCUCGGGGUUCAGUGCUUUCUGGGACUCACAGCCACCGCCACGCUGUCCACCGCCCUGGACAUCGCCCAGCAUCUGGGGAUCAGGGAUCAGGAGGGAAUCUCUGUGAGAUCUGCAGCCGUGCCUCCAAACCUCAACCUGUCUGUGUCCAUGGACCAAGACAAGGACCAGGCUUUGGUCUCCUUGCUGAAAGGAGAUCGGUUCGGUUGUCUGGACUCCAUCAUCGUCUACUGCACCAGAAGAGAGCAGACGCUGCGCAUCGCUGCACUGCUCAGGACCUGCCUGCAGGGGGUGCUGUUGAAGCACAACAACCAGAGCAGCCAGAUCAACCCUGCGGCACAGAGGAAGAAAGAACUCGCUAAAAAGAAGAUCCGGAAACCGCUGAAGUGGUUGGCUGAGGCGUACCACGCCGGCAUGUCGGCAGCCGAGCGCCGGCGUGUCCAGAACAACUUCAUGUGCGGAGAGCUGCGGAUGGUCGUGGCCACCGUGGCGUUCGGCAUGGGGCUGGACAAGCCUGACGUGCGCGGCGUCAUCCACUACAACAUGCCCAAGAGCUUUGAGAGCUACGUUCAAGAAAUUGGGAGGGCAGGGCGAGAUGGAGAACCGGCUCACUGCCACCUUUUUUUGGAUGCUGAGGGCGCAGACCUGCACGAGCUCCGCCGCCAUAUCUACGCCGACACAGUGGACUACUACUCCAUCAAGCGGCUUCUUCAGAGGGUUUUCCCAGCAUGCACCUGUAAAAGGAUGCAGCAGCACCAGAGGGAACGUUGGAAGGAUGUGGAAGACUCUGAUCUGCUGGAGAUGAUGGACGAACACGAGCAGGAGAACAAGCAGGACCCGUCCAGCCAGCAGAACCAGGCAGACGCUUCUGGAGUUCAGGAUCUCUCUGGGUCUGGACAGACCUCCAUGGAGGGCGGAGCUGGAGGAGAAGAUCUGACCACGAGGGACACGAGCGGCAGCGUCUGGCCCCAGCAGCGAGCGUGCCGCACCCACGAGAGAGCGAUUCCCAUCCAGGAGGUGGUGGAGGCCCUGGACGUCCCAGAGGAAGGUGUGGAAACUCUGCUGUGCUACCUGGAGCUGCAUCCACAGCGGUUGGUGGAGCUGCUGCAUCCGACGCUGUCUGUGUGUAAAGUCAGCUGCUAUGAUGGACCGAAGCAGCUCCGAAAAAUCGCCAAAAUCUGUCCUCCCGUCGCCGCAGUGCUGGCCAGGAAGAGGAUGGCAGGAGAGCGGGUGGAGAGGUGCGACCAGGUGGAGUUUGACGUGGUGGAAGUCGCUGACAUUAUGGGAUGGCAGCUUCCACUGGUGAAGCGGGGGCUCCGCCAGCUGCAGUGGAGCACGGACAGAUCUGGCGGACGGAGCGGCGUGUUGGUGGAAUUCUCCGCCCCUUCUUUUUACUUCCGCUCGUAUGGAGACCUGAGCCACGGGGAGAUGGACAGACUCUGUCGUUUCCUCCACGGUCGUGUUCAGGAGCAGGAGAGGACGCGGCUCCACCAGCUGACUGCCUGCUUUAAGGCCUUCAGAAGCGUUGCUUUUCAGAGCGUGCUGUCCUGCGGGCGCCAUCUGGACGGGAGCCGGAGUUCCCAGCUGAAAACGCUGCUGUCUGACUAUUUCGACAAGAAGAGGGAUGGGGGCGGAGCCGUGCAGCAGGAGGAACCGGAGGAGCCGGACAAACACGAGCUGCUGGAGUGGGAGGAGCCAAUCAGGGCCGACAUCAGGAGGUUCCUCGCUCAUCGGAGCGACGAGAAGUUUUCUGGAAGAGCCGUUGCCAGAAUCCUGCACGGCAUCGGCAGUCCCCGCUAUCCCGCUGUGAUAUACGGCAAAGACCGCCGCUACUGGAGGAAGUACAUCCACUUUGACUUCAACCGGCUGAUCCAGAUGGCCACGCAGGAGAUCAUCGGCUUCAAGUGAGCGGCCCGCCCCGCCGUCUGGUCGGGUUUCAUGUUCUAUUGUUCUUGUAAACGUUUCAUGGUUUGUAAAAAUAAAAUCUGCUGGUUUUUAA